CUAAAAUGGCUCUUUUGAUAGUAAAGGUUGCUGACCCCUGUUCUAUGUGUAUGUUGUCUUUCUGUGAUGGAAAAACAAUAAAAAUAUAGUAUAAAAAAAAAAAACUUCUAACUGCAGGGAGACCUCUUUAACCUCACUGACAGCAGCAGCCAAUAGAGAGCACGAGGGAGAGAGAGCGUGCGAUGGAGAGAGAGAGAGCGCGCAGCGAGCAUCCUCUGCGCCCGGACGUUGGUGUUGGCUGCUCAGACUCUCCAAGGAGGCUGCGAUGGAGACAGGAUGAAACUGACGGGCUGUUUUUCGGAGGAAAGUGCCUCUGGGGUGUCGUUACCUGGCGGCUUUCCUGGCUGUCUCGUUACCAGAGGUGUAUAUCUGAGGAAAAAGGAGGAGUGUAUUAAUAUUUGGUCGAUGCCUGAGGAUUAUGGACCAUUACAAUAAGGACCGGCGGUGUACCGGGUUGGAUAACUGUGUGUGCUACUCUCUCUUCUUCUUCUUCUUUUUCGUGUCUUUAUUUUUCAACGCAUUCGUGUUGGACGUUUUCUCACAAAAUGUUGAAUUCAGCGCUCUCUCGACGUGAAGGAUAUUGUUGUUGUUGGACAUGAAUAUGUGAGGUGCAGAAACCUGUGGACAGGCGCCGUUUCGCAGACACUAUGAUACCAUAUUUUGACAUAAGCGUUAUUUUUUUGCGUUCCGCUCCAUUGCGCAUGCCCGGUGGUCGAUACACUCCGCUCCGUCCUGGCCGUGAUGGAGGAGCACAAGUGAAGGGAGCUGAGGACUAAAAUAAAAAAAAAAAAAUGCGUUGGCAAAGUGGCAGCGUGGCGACCAAAGGAUUUGACUUUAGAUCCUUCACGAAAUAGACUGUGCCACAAACUGAAGAAUGUCAGGGUCACCUAAUGCUGCAGAGGCUGAAGGAGUAGUAGCAGUCUCCAAAGUGAAAGUGAAAAGGGAGAUCAAGACAAUCGUGGAGAAUUUGGAAACCAUCCUGGGAGACCUCAAGGAUGUAGCCAAAGAGCUCAAAGAGGUUGUUCAUGACAUUGACACCCUGACUUGUGACCUGCAACUGGAGGAGGACGGAAUGACAGACAGCUCUAAGACGGACACGCUCAACUCCAGCUCGAGUUCCACCACCACCACGACCACCGCCUCCAGCCUGGAGAUGAAGAUGAAGCUCUUCCCUGAUGACUGCAUCUUCAGACUACCUGCCCUCAUGGACCCGGUCCCUGUCAACCCUCUUGCAGUCCUGACAGUACUCAAGAAACCCCACCCUCCCCUACCGCCACCCAGACUUACCCCGCUGAGAGCCGAAGAUCACAACUUUAAGAAUCUGCCUCAUCCGACAUUAGUGUUAUCAGGGAAUAUAUCCAAGGCUACCGGGUCUCUAAUGAGGAAUGGUGGGAUUUUUCCAUACAAACCAAACAGGGAUUUAUUCUCCUCUAUGCCGUGUUUCAUUUCUAAUGACAGUGGAAUCCCUGAGUCGGGUCUUGUUCCUACAUUACCCAGGCCCAUGCCUCUCCUCCGCCAUGAAAAGAACAAAUGCCCCAAGGCCCCUGGCAGGGAGUCUCGUGAGAGGGAGCGUGUCCGUUUCAGUGAGAAGGUUCAGUACCACGGCUACUGCCCUGACUGCGACCUCCAAUAUGAUGUUGACGACACAGAGCUACACUUACAGGCUGAGCUGAACGACCUGAGGCUCAGCCCAGUGCAUUGCUGCUCCUCCUCCUCCCCUCUUCCUCACGCUGUUCCUCAUGAACUAAUGCUAGAAAACGGCGGCCUCUCGGUCAGCCACAGUUUCCCGCCGACAGCAAACACAAAUCCACCUUGUGUGCCUCCUCACCCGCCUUCCCUCAAGCCCCAGAAAACAAUCCUACGCAAAUCAACCACCACCACGGUUUGAUGCGGAAACCCCUUGUUCUGUCUAACUUAAACAUUCUUGAAUCAUUCAUAGUGUUUUCUACUUUAUGAGCGCUUUCUACUUCAAUUGAACUUUGGAUUAUCCAAACAGAGAGAGGAAGAGCUGGUAAAAGGAUGGAUAAAGGGAGUGGAACAGAGAGAAAGGCAUCGCCAUGGGCGCUGAGUUGUACACAGAGAGAUCAGGAGGAAGCGGGCCCAUUGAGAUACUUGUGCUACGAGUGGAAGAUUGUUUCAUCCACGGAUCGACCCUGGUUGAUCAGAGCGGGAGGAACCAUGAGCUGAGGCCAAGCAUCAACCUUUUUUUACAUGAAUCACUAAUGGCUCUCAAUCACCAGGAGAUUAUCUAGACAAAUUAAUACUUUUACUUUUGAGCACUGAACAACCUCCAGGCACAGUUGUGCCAGGGCAAUGUUACUGUGAAACUGGUGAAAUAGGAAGGGCAGUCACUGUAUGUAAGUUUAUACAGAUAGAUGAAUUUAUAGAUGUGGAGGUGAUAUUUUUGUUACGUUGAUAUUAAAGAUUAGAAUGCUGCUGAAACCCUAUCAUCUGAAAUAAAGAGGCAGGAUUAGAUGAAGAGGUACAACAUGGGGUGAAAUGAUGUCAGCCAGUAUUUGAUUGAUGUCUACACAGACUUUUGCUCUGUGCAUACUCAGAUGGAAAUCAAUAGCUCCACUCAACCGAUGGAAUUUGCCUUUUAAGAAUUGUAAUUGUUUGUGUCUGGAAAGCCCGAUAGGUCUGCCUGUGAGCAUAACAUUGCUGGACUGCAGAUGAGGAGAAAAUGGUAUUAUGUCAGCGAUGUGCCGUAUGCUCAAUCAUAGUGUAUUUUUGGAAAGGUUUGAAAUGAAUGAAGAUGUGGUCACUGAUCUGUGUCCAGACAUUAUGUUUAUCGUACAUCACAAUCUUUGUGCUCAACUGGUGCCAUGCAAGCUCCGUUUUUUUCACAAUAACAUGCAGAACUACAGUAUAGUGCCAUAGCUACAGCUUUAAAGGAUCGUUGAAGAAGUAAUAAUUUGCAUCAAAUUUUCUUUAUAUACAAAUAUACAUGUACAUGUUUGAUAUCUAUAUAUUUCAGGCAUUUUUCUACAGAGACUUUAACAUUUAAAGAGAUGAUAUUUUUGAUAUUGUGUUGGAUGACUGAGAGGUAUUUUGACGAAAGCUGACAUUCCCUCGAGGUACGUGUUUUUCAGAAGGGCUCAGCAGGAUGAGUUAUUUAUAUAUAGCAACAGGAUAGUGUUUGUAUGGAUGAAAAACAAGUGCUUCAGUAAUAUCACUUCAAAAAACUUUACAGAAUGGGCUGUAUUGUGAGAGAAAAAAUGUAAGGUGGAGAAGAUGAAUGGCGUAAACCAAAUACCUAGUUGUGCUUUAUCAGACGGGAGGCAUGGGGCUGAAUGAAUGCAUGACUGACUCUUCACUUUGUCCUGCCAUCACUGUGUUUUUCUAUGCAUUUCUGUGGAGAGGCUGUCUGUUGGUGGGUCCAACAUGCAGGGUGCUCUGCUCUCCAUAAUACAGAGUUAAGAAGUAUUCCCUCUCAUUUCCUCAUAUGAAGUCCACCAGGUUAUUUUUUGCAGCCUUUAUAAACCUUACAAAUGUCCUGUUUACCACAUUGUUUAGGCCCAUUAUUCAUUGGUAAUUCAAUAAUGAUAAUAUUAAAGUUUAUUCAUAUAGCACUUACAGAAAACAGAUAUUAUAAAAUGCUUUACUAGAACAAAGUGAAAAAUAAAGAAACCGAAAAUAAAAGGGAAGAAUAGCUGAAAACAUUUUCAUAGGUUAUUUUGGAUCAAUAAAAUUGUGGGAAACGUACGCUGGAGAGCAACAACGCAGCCUCUCUCCAUAUUCAGACUGGAGGCACCACACUUGUAAACUCCACCUCUUUGUUCUCACUGGACACAGAGACUGAAUUCAUGACCAAACUUCAAUCAGGAAUCAGUUCUAAAGAUGAUUGGAAUGUCUCAAAAAAUCUGUCUGUGAUAUUUUGUUGUGUGUGUCCACAAACUGUUGGAAAAUAACUUGUGAGAAGUAAACACUUUACACUUAA